UAAGGCUUUGUACGAUUCGCGCGGCGGUUUAUCCAGAAGACAUUGAUAACUUAACGCGUUAAAUGUUUAUUAAAAACAUAAGCAUCAUUUGAUUUCAUGUCUAAAUUACUUCUUACAACAACGCGGAAUUAAUCUGGUAGCCUACCAUGUUGUAUGGAAAAAUUGUUGUAAUAAAGCGUAAUGGUCAGGAUGGUGCCCAUUUCCCCUUGACUGCAUCAGCGUGUCUGUUUGGACGGAGCAAUGAAUGCGACAUUCGAAUUCAGCUUCCAAACGUGUCCCAAGUCCACUGUCGUGUGGAUGUAGAUGACACUGCUGCUAUAUUCUUGACAAACCUAAGUCAGACGAACCCGACCCUUAUCAAUGGAAAGACGGUAUCAUCAACGACUCGUGUUAGCCACAAGGACAUCUUUACAAUAAUUGACAGGUCAUUCAGAUUUGAAUUUCCUCCUGGAUCCCCCUUUAGAGAAGGACUGUCACCCAAACCCAACAAGAGCCCCAUUAACAAGUCGAAGAUUCUAAGUCCAAAGUCCAAGCCUCCAAUAUCACCUGGGAGAAGUGCAUCUUCAUCCCCUGUAAGAACCCCAGCUAAAGGAGGUUCUCGACCAACCUCCCCUGCAGCAAGAAGGAUGUCUCAACCCCUGUCCCCAAGAGCUGACAAUGGCAAUAUUGUUACACCUUUGUCUGUGAAGCCCCAAAAGGCUGUCACACCCAAACCUGCCACGCCAAAGGCGUCUCCCAAAACUCCCAAGGCAGCUACACCCAAGCCAAGCCCACGAAGUAAGACUCCCAGUCCAGCACGAUCCCAGUCUAAGACAACCCCUAAGAGUAGUUCUAAAGAAAAUGCUGGGGCAAGGAGCAAGAGUCCAGUCAUUGCACCAUCUACGCCCAAACAGUCAUCAAAGUCGUCUCCUAAGGCAUCUAGCUCUGGAAACAAGCGACGACUGAGCGGAGGCAAGAAGUCCCUCCCAGCUGGAAGCCCUUACCCAACUCCAGCAGGCAGCAAGUUGAGAACGAGCAUCUCGGACCUACGACGCAAAUCAGAACCAGUGAAAGAGGCUGAACCUGUUACUCCAGCUAAGUCACCUAAAGGAAAAUCUCCUGCUAAAAAGACUCCCUCGUCAAGCAAAAAGGGCAAGACUCCAAAUAGUGGAGGAAGAAAAAGAAAGUCGACAGAUUUUGAACUGCCGAACGCCAAAAGAAAGCGAGUUUCUUUUGGUCCUCAGCUCACACCAGAGCAGUUUGACAAGAGACUCCCCCCAGCUACGCCUAUUAGAAAAGGUGCCACACCGAUCAAGAAAGGAAACACACCAAGGAGGCUCUCAGAACCCAUCCAGCAUCAGAGGAGCCCCAAGUCACUGCUGAGAAGAUCCUUAGCUGGGCAGUCUAUCAAAGAAGAGAGCCCUCAAAAGACACCACGUGGACGCUCCCCAAAGAAAUCUCCCAAGGCAUCACCUAAGUCUAGCCCAUCACGAUCAACACCUAAAUCUGCUGUGAAGGCUUCACCCAACUCAGCAAGAACUCCAUCAAAGUCACCACCAGGUUCACCAAAAACACCAACGAAAGCAGCUCCUUUAAUCAUAGCUGAUACUCCUGUGUCACUGAAGAACACCCCUGCCAAGUCACCCUCAAAGUUUUCACGCAAAUCCAGAUCACCCACAAGGAAAACACCAAGCAAGAGCCCCAAGAAGUCUCCAGCCAAGACAGCAACACCAGCUAGGUCUCCAGCCAGGACAUCAUCACCAGCGAAGUCUCCAGCUAAGGCAGAGACACCAGUCAAGUCUCCUGCUAGGGCGGCAACACCAGCCAAGUCACCAGCUAGGGCAGAGACACCAGCCAAGUCUCCAGCUAGGGCAGCGACACCAGCUAGGUCACCGACACCAGCCAAGUCUGCUGCUAGGGCGGCAACACCAGCCAAGUCACCAGCUAGGACACCGACACCAGCCAAGUCUCCAGCUAGGGCACCGACACCAGCCAAGUCUCCAGCUAGGGCACCGACACCAGCCAAGUCUCCAGCUAGGGCACCGACACCAGCCAAGUCUCCAGCUAGGGCACCGACACCAGCCAAGUCUCCUGCUAGGACACCGACACCAGCCAAGUCACCAGCCAAGUCACCAUCUCCAGCUAGGGCACCGACACCAGCCAAGUCUCCAGCUAGGGCACCGACACCAGCCAAGUCUCCAGCUAGGUCACCGACACCAGCCAAGUCUCUAGCUAGGUCACUGACACCAGCCAAGUCUCCAGCUAGGUCACCGACACCAGCCAAGUCUCCAGCUAGGUCACCGACACCAGCCAAGUCUCCAGCUAGGUCACGACACCAGCCAAGUCUCCAGCUAGGGCAGCAACACCUAAGGCAGACUCCAGCCAAGUCGCCUGCAAAAUCACCCAAGUUGACACCAGCCAAGACACCUCCAAAAUUAGCUGUCAUAGAACCAGCAGCAGCUUCUUCUGAAGCUAAAUCCCCUAGGAGAACUCCAGCCAAGUCCCCCAAGAGGACACCAGCCAAAUCACCCAAGAAGACACCAGCUAAAUCACCCAAGAGGACACCAGCUAAAUCACCCAAGAGGACACCAGCUAAAUCACCAGUAGUGAUUCCACCUACACCUGAAUCAGCUGCUAAAUCACCAGGAAGGAUACCAAAAGUCAACACCCCUAAAUCAGGAGGGAAGGUAAAAAAAGUUACAAAAGGAAGGCAAUUUGUGCCAGUAAAUCUGACUGGUAUUAAGGAACUGAUGAAGACUCCUAAGAAAAAGGCUGAUGAUGUAGGUCUCUCUGCAAUUGCCAGGCUAGUAAAGACUCCCAAAACAAGAAAGAGUGGUAAUCUGAACGUAUCUGGACUGGAAGAUUUGUUCAAAUCUCUAGCCCAGCUGAAGGGUAAGACACCAAAAUCUACUCCCCGAUCUUUGAAGAAGUCUCCAGUUGCUUCACCCAAAUCGAGGAGAAAUACCCCUAAGUCUGCCAAGAAAGCUGUUACUCCAGCCAGAGAGUCGAAAACACCAAGCACAUUGAGUGUGAAGAAGACAAAGCUACUACAGAGCCCUGCUGGAAAGAUUGUCUCACCACCAUCAGAUAUGAAUAAGGUGGUAGCACUUAGAGCAAUCCAUGGAAAGGCAGCAACACCUAAGCUUAAGCUGCUUAUGAAGAAAACCCCAGGACGCAAAACACCAGCUAAAUCAAAGACUCCUAAGAAACUUUGGGCUGAUGUUGUGAAAGUAGGCAUUGCUGCUGUGGGUGUUGCUAGCAAGAAAGCUGGGCCUAAGGCUAACCCUGUAAAGAUUGUCUCUAAGAAGGUAACAAAACAGGUGCUGCUAAAAUCUGCCAAGAAGACCCCAAAGACUCCCCGAGCCCUUGCUCGUGCCACUGCUCCCUCCACUGGACAUGCAGAUUCCCCUGCUACUCUGGUUGUGGGCAGAAAGAUCAGCAAGAGGGUCAAGACCCCAGGACCUGUGCCAAGAAAGGGCCGUAAAGUUAGCAAGGCCGCUCGGAAAUCUGCAGGAAAUACAAGCUUUACUGGUAUUUCUGAGCUGUUCAAUUCUCCAACCAAGACCGGGAGGACUCCAGGAAGGGAAAGUCUAAAGUCAUCAGCAAAAAAGACCCCUGUUUCUGCUAAGGGAACACCCCAUGCUUUAUAUGAAGAUCUCCCUGACACUCCCAUAGGCCCUGGUGAGAUGAUUGUCUCACCCCUCACAAACCGACGCAGCAGCGGAGGAAAGAGUCCAAACAAUCUGAAGGGUGUUAAACAGGUCAUGAGAACACCCAAGAACAAGAAGAGGACUGCUGUAAGUCCAACAGGUGUGAAAAGGUUGAUGAAGACACCUAGAGGGAAGAACACAAAUGCAAGUAAUGCCAGCCCAGUAGGGGUGAAACGUCUUAUGUCCACACCCAAGGUCAAGGCCACACCUGCCAGUCCAUCUGGUGUUGCUGAGCUCUUCAAGUCACCAGCAAAGUCUCCUGUUGUGAAGUCCACAAAGAAAGCAGCAACUCCGGCCAAGGCUGCAACCCCAGCAAAGGCUGCAACUCCAGCAAAGGCUGCGACUCCUGCAAAGGCUGCGGCGACUCCUGCAAAGGCUGCGGCGACUCCUGCAAAGGCUGCAACACCAAUUGCCUCUCCACCAGCACCAAGAGGUAGAAGAGGUGCUGCUUCUGCCAAUACCAAGACAACCCCUGCUAAGGCGAAACGAGGUGGCAGAAACAGGACAGCUCUGAAGUCGCCUAAGGUCAGCCCAGCAAAAGCAAAGAAAGCAGCUGCAGUAAAGAGUGCAUCGCCAGCCAAGUCCCCAUUACCUGCCAGGCGCAGGGGAAGAAAGCGUCCUGCAACUCCUGUCAAGACAGUGAACAAGAAAACCAAGGUUGAAUCCGAACCAGUUGAGAAGGAAUCCUCACCAGUGAAAGUAGCACCCCCUGUGAAGAAAGGAAAAGCAGUUCAGUCUCCAAAGAAAGCUGUUUCCCCAGCAAAACCAGCGGCAAGAUCAAGAAGAGGAGCUCCAGUUCCAGCAUCAGAACCUGCAACAAAACCUGCUCAAGUAAGAGGCACCAAGAGAAAGGCAGAGGAUGUCAAGCCUCCCACCCCAAAGAAAGCAAAGACAGUUGUUGAGCCUACCACACCUGCAAAGAGCCCCAAGCCAGCUGGAAGAAAGACAAAAGCAACUAAAGCUGCCUUGCCGAUUAAGUCUCCAUCACCAGUUAAGGCUCGCAGUAAAAGAGGUCAGCCUGUGGCCAGUCCAGCCAAAACACCUGUCAAACGAGGUACUCGAGGUAAACCUGUGAAGGCUAGUCCGGUCAAGGCAAAGACUCCACCAGCGAAGGUAGCCAAGGGCAAGGCAAAGGAACCAGAGCCUGUGGUCACAGAACCAGUAGCAAGUCCUGUGAAGGCUACCAGAGGAGGAAGAAAGGGGAAAGCUGUUGCUAAAUCACCAGCUAAAAAAUCACCAGCUAAGAAGAUUACAAGAGGUAAGGCAGCUGUUGCUAGCCCAGCAAAGAGCCCUGCCCCAACUAAGAGAGGAGGCCGAUCAAAACCAGCUGCUUCUCCAGUAAAAAUAGUCAGUAAGGCUCCGGAACCUGCUCCGGAACCAGUCAAGGCAAAAAGUCCAGCUCCUGCCAAGAGAGGCACAAGGGGUAAACCAGUUGCCAGUCCAGCCAAGACUCCUGCCAAAGCAGGCAGCAAGAGGUCUGCUAGAGGUGUUGUCCCAUCUGCCCCGUCUCCUGCUAAGAAAAGGUCAGCCUCUCCUGUCAAGCCAGUUCCUGCUAAGAAAACAGCUGUAGCUAAGAAAGGUGCCCCAGUGGCAGCUGAAACACCAGCAGAAUCUCCAGCUGUGGCUGUUUCCAAAAGAGGAACAAGAGGGAAGCCAGCUCCCAAGACCCCUAAAAAGCUUCCUUCUAAGAAGUCAGUUUUGAUUGUAGUGACACCCCUUUCUGCAUCAAAGGGAAGGCGUGGAAAAGUAGUUGACUCGGCUGCAAGUACAGCAAAGGGGAAGGGCAAGGCUAAGAAGACAGCAACACCAACAAAAGCUGUAACACCUGCCAAGACUAGAGGAGAGAAAAAAGCGGCAGUAGAAAAACCCAAGACUCCUAAGCCGACACGAGGUAAGAAGGCUGCCCCUAGCCCGAAAGAGGCAGCUCCAAGUCCUAAGAAGGGGAAGAAGGCAGCCCCAAGUCCUAAGAAGGGGAAGAAGGCAGCCCCGAGUCCUAAGAAGGUUCUGAAAAAGGCACCAAAGGCAAAGGUGACUCCCAAGAAAGCCACACCUGCAAAGAGAACUACGCGAAGUAGAAAAUAAUUUCAUGUAGCUGUAACUCGUUCUGUAGUUCAACUGUACAUUUGUAAUAUUUUUAAAUUGUGUUAGAGACUUGAAUUUGUAACCUCAAUAGUUACCUCAGAUGCCUUUGAAAAGACAAGUGUUAAAUAAUGUGUUCAUAUGUCUCUAAAAUAGUUUUUAUUUUUAUGUCCACUAUGUUAAAUAGUCAGUUUAUUUUAUGCCAAGUUUUGCUUGGUGGUGUCAACGUGUUAUUUGUUGUCGUGUUAACUUUUAGUGACUGUUAAGUGUCCCAUUUGUAACAUACUCAUUCAUUGCUCUUUGGGCAGCUGCAACAAAGAUAUAUAUCAUGUUAUGCUUAAUGUCAUCUUGUUUUAUUGUCAUCACUUCCUCAUUAUUGCUAUGCAUACAGAUGCAAAAAAAGCAUUGUUUAAAAAGCUUUUAUUAUCGUGCUCAUUGUAAAUAGCCACUCUUCCCAUGGACAGAUAAGUUAUGAAUGCUGCUGUUUUGACAGACAAUAUUUAUUAAUAGUAUACGAAAUAAAAACCAUAUCAAUGCUUUUGUUUCAAACCUUGCAUGAUGAUUUUCCCUCCCAAAAUUAAGGCGAAAGUUAAGAGGGUUUUAAUGAAAUUUUCUGAUUGACUGAUGUUAUUUCCUGGCCUUCAUGCAUCAAAUUAUGUAAAUAAUUUGCCGUUUCAAUAACAUUUAAGUGAGGGAUCUCUGUUGUAAUUGCAAUAUCCUCAGAACUUAAAGGAAUUAACAGUAAUCAAUAAAGUGGUACAUGGCUAUGUCUCAAGUAUUUGUAUAACAGUAUUGUUGUUUGUGUUUUCCAUGAUUACACAAUGCCAUGAACUUAUGCCAUUAUGUGUUUUUCAUGUGAAGUAACUGUUGGACCUAUUUAUUCAGCUUAGUAAUGUGUUGGGUUACCCAAACAUUUUAUAUACCUUUUGCAAAAGGGGACAAAAUGGGUGAUAAAAUAUUUGGGAUUUGGCUGAAUCUUAAAAAGUGCUCUUCCAUUUUUGAUAUUUUUUGUGUAAUAUAUUUCACAGAAAUACUUGAAUAUACAUUUUAUGAUUCCAUGCAUUGUCCUAAAAUGACCAAAGUUUGGGUUUGUUUUUUCUCUCUCAAUUUUUGUGUGUGUUUCGGAAUUUGCUCUUUUCGGGUCAGCUGAAACAGAUGCAUCUACCAUUCACCAGUGUGUUUCGGUCACUUCAGGUUCAUAUUAUUACCUCAUGUACAUCAAAUCAACUGGCCCUUUUAAAGUAAAAAUUUUAAACAAAUUAUCUUAUGGACAUUUGCAUUGCACAUUUCUUAUCUCCAUUUUAGAUAUAUUCAUGUAGAUUUCAUUCAUGACCAGUCACUAAACCCUCUACUCAGGGUUGAAGUUGAUGUCAGUUUCAUUGUACAUAUCCAUCAAUCUUCAUGUGUUCUUACUGAUCAUCUGUCCUCAUCAUUGUCUACUUAACCUGAUUUCUAUUUAAAGGUGGAAGGCAUUUCAAAAUUCAUAUUUAUUUUAAUUUCAAGGUGAGAGCUAUUACCAUGUCCUCAAGGUACUUCCAUCUGGUUUGUUUUGAAACUCAUUUUGGCUGGUCACCUCAAACUGUAGAUAUAACUAUAUUUCAGACUAGAACAGUUUUAUCACACUUCCAAUUGUAAAACAAAUUGAGGGCAGUGGACAAACUGCUCAUUAUUUACUACAACUAGUGUAACCUGUAUUUCAAUAUAAGGUCUUACAAUAAAAGAUAAUUGCAAACUCAA